UCUAUCAUCAAAGAUGGCGGGAGCCUCCGACCCACUGGAGGACAUGCUCUUCAAUGAGGUAGACGAAAAAGCUGUAAGCGACUUAGUGGGCUCUUUGGAAUCGCAACUUGUCAGCCAAAAGACUUCGCCCGCCACAUAUUCUAAUAUCAAGCGAGAAGGAUCUACGGGCGCUGUUAGCCAGUUCUCAGGGAAACUGCGUGAUCAAGCGGGGUCUCUGGAGCCGCCACAACAAGGACACCCAAAAGCGGCGUUAAACGCGGAACCCAUCGCGAAUCAGGCGAUGUCCAAUAAGAUUAUCAGCGCUUCCACUUCUUCCAUCACUACUGGGGGUGUUUUAAACGCUGGUACUAAUCUACAAACAUAUGGAGCCGCAUCUCAAACCAUUUCCACCGCACCACCAGGAUCGGUAACUUUGCCUGCUCAGUCGACUAGCUUCAACAGAGGGACUAUUUUGGGUCCUGCUGGCACAUCAGCGGUGACUGUUCCCAAUCCAAACAUCACAACAACAACAACUAUCAGGACUGCUUCACCUGGUUUACAGAGUUUUAACGGUAACACUGGAGCUCUGAAGUUGGUCAACUCGCCAGCAGCUUCCCAAGUCGGGUCAGGCAGCAGCACUGUUGUAAGUACUGUCAGUGCGGGCAAUUCCAAUAUCAUUGUGUCCAUGACUUCACAACCUCCUUCUCUGCCAAACUUUACUGGACCUCAACAGUCUGCAGUGGCUACUACUCCCACUAUUGCAUUGCAAAGACAGCCCAGCCCCAUGGCCAUUGCCUCACAGAAUGGAGUAAUAGACCCCAAGGUUUCUGCAGUGGUCACACAGGGUGCAGGUUCCCUAGGGACCACCACCUCUCAGGUCAUGAACCACAGCAACACUCUCAUGCACACUAAAAUGGUGGCACCCAACCAGCCAGUCUCUGCUGGCCAAUCAAUAAUUCUCGGAGGGUCUCCCCCUCCUGUUGUUGUUAACUCACCAAUAAGCCAGCCACAGAGUGUGGCGAGUCCCACUCUCACAGCUGGGGUGAAACCAACUGUUAAUGGAGUUGGUCAGCCCACAGUGACCAUCGUGAGGCCCCCCGGUGCUCCUGUGAUGGCUACCCCCGUACAGCAGCAGAGACCUGGGCUGUUAGCAAGUACCACGAGGACUGCUGCACCACAGCUGGCUGUCAGACCACCACAAAAGACCACCAUUCAGUUACCCCCUGGAUUUACCAUACCACCCGGUAUGGUGCUGGUGCGUACGGACACGGGACAGCUAGUGAUGGUGACUCAGCAGGUUCUAGCCCAGGCCCAGGCUAAGACCCAACAAGGCCAGGCUGCUGUCUCCAACAUCUCCCCCCAGCCUGGAAUCCCCACCGCUGGGGCCAACAUCAGAGUUAGCACUCCCAGCCAGGCCCCUGGUACGCCCCAGGCUGUCCGUCUGGCGUCCCCUUUCCAGGCAAGAAUGGCCCAGUCCCCCUCUCCCUCUAGCCCUGCUAUACAGAAGGCCAUAACCGUGGCACCUGCGGGUGCGUCUGUGUCAGUGAAAAUGACCACCCCUCAGAAGGCCCAAUCUGUGAUCACAGGGGGCCAGGCCUUGGUCAAGCCUGGUGCUGUACGGCCCACUAUCACCCUGAACACUGCAGCAGCCAGUGCCUCUGGAAGCCCUAUUGCAACAGUCUCCCAGGAAAUGCAGGAGAAUGUGAAGAAGUGCAAGAACUUCCUGUCCACCCUGAUCAAACUGGCGUCCCACAACUCCCCCUCCCCUGACACAUCUAAGAACGUCAAGACUCUGGUGCAGGAUCUACUGGAUGCUAAAAUCGAGCCUGAGGAAUUCACCACGAGUCUGCAGGCUGAGCUGAAAUCCUCUCCUCAGCCGUACCUCAUCCCCUUCCUCAAGAAAAGCCUCCCUGCCCUGCGGCUGUCCCUUCUCAACAACCAGCAGUCUCUUCUGGCCUCCACCUCCGCUUCUGCCCUGGCCGUCCCCUCCACCUCCACCAUCAGGCCCCGGCUCCCCACCACCAUCAGCCCCGCCACAGGCAUCGUCAGGACACCUACCACUGCCCUGGGUGUGAGAAGACCAGGAGUCCAGGGGGUCCAGACCCGCAUGCCCAUGGUCAUCACUCAGACUAUACGACCGCAAGGCGUAGUUACAAGAGGACCCUCUAUUAUCCCGGGAAGAAGUCCUGUGGGCAUUGGUGCCCAGGCCUCUGCCAAUCAGAAGAAGCUGAAUGAGCCUGGAGGUGGGACGUUCAGAGAUGACGAUGACAUCAAUGACGUGGCGUCCAUGGCGGGGGUAAACCUGAACGAGGAAAACGCCCGCAUCAUGGCCACCAACUCUGAGCUGGUGGGCACCAAGAUCCGCUCCUGUAAGGACGAGGCCUUCCUCCCGCCAGGCCUGCUACACAGACGCAUCAUGGAGGCUGCCAAGAGAUUUGGGGUGACCGAGGUUCCAGCUGAGACAGUGAACUACAUCUCCCAUGCUACCCAGGCCAGACUGAGAUCUAUGCUGGAGAAAGUGUCCACUAUCGCCCAGCACCGCACCGACGGGGGCAAGGAUGAGGAAUGGUAUGAGCCGUCGACAGACGUCAGGGCCCAGCUCCGCUUUUUUGAGCAGCUGGAAAGGAUGGAGAAACAGAGGAAGGACGAACAGGAGAGAGAGGUCCUACUCAAGGCUGCCAAGAGUCGCGCCAGACAGGAGGACCCAGAACAAGCUCGGUUGAAGGCGAAAGCUAAGGAGAUGCAGCAGGCAGAGCAGGCCCAGAUCCGGCAGCGUGAAGCCAACCUCACUGCCCUGGCUGCCAUCGGGCCCCGUAAGAAACGCAAGAUGGACUCGCCAGGGGGCUCCACAUCGGGCACAGAGGUUGCUUCGGGUUCAGGGGAUGGCUCUUCCACAGCUGCCUCCUCCCGCCAACAGCUCCGUCAGCGGAUCACGCGAGUCAACCUCAGGGACUUUAUCUUCUGCCUGGAGCAGGAGAGGGCCACAUCCAGGUCCUUAUUGCUUUAUAAAGCUCUCCUGAAGUAGUGGGGGUACCACAAGGUUCAGUACUCAGCCCAUUACAAAUCCUUACGGUUCUUCACAGCUCUCCUGAAGUAUGACGUCCUACAGGGUUUAGUACUCAGCCGGCCCGUUACAAAUCCAUAAGGGUUCUCUAGUCGACCCAAUACAAAUCUUUACUGUUCUACACAACUCUCCUGAAGUAGGGCGUCCACAAUGGUUCUGUACUCGACCUGAUGCAAAUCCUUACUACUCGAUAAGGCUCUCCUAACGUAGGGGUAACACAGGGCUUUGUACUAUGCCCAUAACACAUUUGUGAUAAGUAAAGUUUCCCCUUUGCCCCCAUCUCUACACAUGCCUUCAUUCCCAUUCUGCAUUAUCAAAUAGCCCACCCCAUCUCUACACACCCUCAUUCCCAUACCACACUAUCAUAUAUCACCCCUUGCAUCUGAAGCUAAGCAACCCCACACCACCCUAACGUUGCUCCCAGAUCAUACUGCCCCUUAGGACAGGUACACUGGCUACUCUUUCACUUGGCCACAUCCUUGUUUUUACAUCACGUCUCGUCUCAUUCACUAGCUGUGUGCUUUACAACGAUGAGAGCCUAGAAGCUGGCAGGUGGGUACACAACAGCAUUUUUUCCCCCCAUGACUCCUAUGUACCUCGAGAUGCCUUGAGUCUCUGUCUCAAUUUGUUGCGUCGCUCUCAAACAACCUACAGUAGUAAUAUUUAUGUCGGGGACCUUGCUAUUUAAGCCUAAUGAUUUGCCACUAAGGAUGUUACAUCACAUCAUAUUUAGACUUGGUCAGGAUCUGUGCUCUCCAGGGGCCUUAUUUAUCAACUGUGCGUACAUUUCUUACUUAAUUCUGGCAUACCUGGAGAUUGUAGGAUUUCUGGCAUACUUGGAGAUUGAUAAAUCCUACAAACUGUCCCAUGCAACACAUACGCAUGUUUUCAGUGAUUAUUCAGAACGAAAUAACAUUAUAUAUUUUUAACAAAAUGCCCUCAUUAGCUGUAUGAUUUGGAAAUGUUGGAACUGGGCCAUGUCCUUUUCUAAAAGAAAGCUGAAUAGCAAAUUUAAUUACAUUUUUGUAGAGGUGUGGGCAGAAUGUUUUAAUCUUUUGCAGAGUCUUUUGAAAAUAAAAAUGCAUUCUGCCUAUUGCGAGUACCAAACACUGGUCGUGCAUUCUGCAAGAUUGAUUGUCUAUUGAACAAUUUAAAAGUAAAUGUUGCCUACAGCCCACAUGAAUUGUUGUUCAAUAUGUUGUUUAUCAAUACAUUGUGUUUCUGAGAUUAAAUAGGCUAUGACAUCACACUCCUAUCGCACAGCAAUACUGUAGACUACCCAUACUGUCAUAGGUUACCAGUCUAUUCGCUUUUGAGCAUGGUUGGCUAUUGAAUGAGCAAUGAAUAAAUGGUAGCCAUUAUUAUAAUUCCUGUGCAUCAAACACCUCAAUUUCCCCCAAAAUAACAAUCUUUGCUUGCAAUACAGUUGAUCGACCAUUAGAAGUUGCACCUUCGCAUGGUCUGAGAUUUACGUGGAGAUGCACUUCAAAUUCAAAAUUGAUAAAUACCAACCUUUGCGGGAAAACUGUCCCACACAAGGUUUAGUCAUUUUUCUGUGUGCACACUCCUUUGAUAAAUGAGGCCCCAGGUCAAAGCCUACAAACACUGAUCUGUGUUAUGUACGUUUUCCCAACAUAUUGAAGAGGAAGGAACCAUUUCAAAAUGAAAGAUAAUGUUUGCAUAUUAUGUUCUGGGCAAGUACUGAGUUUGGGGGGAAAAAACAAAUCAUAUUGUAACAUGUUUUAAAGGUAGACUCAGUGAUAUGACAGAUGCAGAGAGUGAACCGCAGUGGGUCAAUUUCCUCAACAACUAAGAGCGUUGACGCGUGAGGCUCAACUUCUCCACUGUUUUGGUCCUCGGCUACCAUGCUUUGAACAGCGUGAAGCGAACCCGUGCACAUGCGCAGAUACUGUAUGACUGCAUCUUGCUCAUCUCAAUAUCUGCUGUUCGUGGCAAGAUCAUUUCUCUGAGUCUACCUUUUUAAUUUACCAAACCAUAAGAUGAAUGUUGUAGAGAAUCCUAUUGUUUUGAUAGUGGUCAGAUAAAUGUACCAGGAAGUACUGCGAUGCCUGCUAUUAAAACACAACGUGUAUACAUACUAGUUCCAGACCUGGAUCCAAUACUUUCAAAUAUGAAAUAUGAGCUCGAUUUAGAUUGCCUGGUACAACAGAACCUAUGGAAUAGUACCAUUUUUAAAUGCAAACGCCAAGCUAAAUCAAGCCCACCUUAAUUUCUUGCAAGUAUUUGACCCAGGUUUGGCUGGUAUAAUGGUACUUUAGGGUUCCUAUUACUAUUGGCAGAAGAGUGAAACAUCUUAAGAUUUUUUUUUUUUGUGUGUGUGUUAAAAAAAAUUGUGAGCCAAUUCUAAUAUUCUAUUCAAUGGUUCAUAACAAACUAAUCUCUCCUAUUGUAGACGUGAAUCUAGAUUAAUUACCAGGAUCCAUUUAAAGAUAUAAGUAUCAUUAUUCAGAUUCAACCUCAUCACAGAACACAGGGAGCUGGCUCUCUUAUACACUCACUCAGGCUAAUCAACAAUUUUAAUGAAGAUGACAAUGAACAAUGCGGUCAUAAUAUUGAGCACCAUUCCUAUAUAGUUUUCUCAAGACCUGAAAUUCCAUCCGGGACUUUUUAAUCAACUGAAAAGUCUAUCACUUGCAGAAGUUUCAGCACCGCUUAACAAUAUCUAUUGAGUGAUUGACUUUUAAUGCUGAUGAUCAACAUCAAAAUGUCAAUCUGUUGCGGCGAUCUGUCAAGUAUUUUUUUAUAAUGCUAAUGGGAUACUACUGCUUCCUUAUUUUUUGGGGGGUCAAAAGCCCUUUAUCAGUUUGACUUUGAAAUGACUGUCCAUUAAAGGUUUUUAAUGCUUUAAAUGUAUUUUUUACUGUAACAUGCAUUUGUUUAUAUAGUGCAUAGUUCUAAUUGAUAAAUGAAAUAAAGCUGUGGUGUAUGUAUAUUCAAGUUUAGAGUCUGGCUCUUAAGAACCCAGCUACUGUAUUAUGUGUUGAAGGACACAUUGUUGUGACUAUUUAUAUUUCCUACUGUCUGUGCAUUCAAACCUGACGCAUUUCAGGUGAUGCAAUUUUAGUAUUGUUUGUACCUUUGCAAAAAAAACAAUAAUAAAGAAAGUGAUUGAAAA